CUUGCAAUCAGCGCUCUUCAUACCAACCAAUUCCUCUUUUGUUGGUCUACGAUUGUUGUUCAAUUUGAAACCCUAUUCCCAGAAACAAUUGUAACAGCAACUGCCUGACGACAAGGCUCCCGACAAAAUGGUGCGCAAACUCAAGCAUCACGAGCAGAAGCUCCUGCGCAAGACAGACUUCUUCACAUACAAGCAAGACAGCAACCACCGCGACAAGCUCGUCCGCCGGCGCUACAUGAUCCAGAACCCCGAAGACUACCACAAGUACAACCGCCUCUGCGGCUCCAUCCGCCAACUCGCCCACCGCCUCUCCCUCCUGCCCCCCGAAAACGCCACCCGCCGCAAACACGAAGAGCUGCUGCUCAACAAGCUCUACGACAUGGGCAUCCUCUCCUCCGCCUCCAAGCUGUCCGCCGUCGAGAACAACGUCACCGUCAGCGCCUUUGCCCGCCGCCGCCUGCCCGUCGUCAUGACGCGGCUGCGCAUGGCCGAGACGGUCCAGGCCGCCACGAAGCUCAUCGAGCAGGGCCACGUGCGCGUCGGCGUUGACGAGGUCACCGAUCCGGCGUACCUGGUGACGAGGAACACGGAGGACUUUGUGACGUGGGCCGUGGGAAGCAAGAUUAAGCGGAACAUUAUGAAGUAUAGGGAUGAGCUGGAUGACUUUGAGCUGUUGUGAUUGUUGCUUUAUUCUUCCAUCUUUUUCUCAGUUUUACAUGUCUUUUGGUUGUUUGGGGAAUAUCGGGUUUUGUGCAAGGAGAGAGGGGAUUUCUCCAUUAGACACAGCGCAUGGGAGGAGAGCAUAUUGUCGGAAAGCUAAAUUUGGCGUUUACGGGCUUGGUUGGUUAAUGAGGCUGUUGUUAGUUUGCAUUACAGCCAGAUAUUGCAAGAGAUAUAGAUACCAAUCUCAGACUACUUGUACAAAGC